AGGUGGGGUUUGGAGAGCGGAGGGAGUUAAUGAUUUACCAGAGGCCCGUUUCACAAUUUCCCAAGGGUCAGCUUGCCUGGAGCACGCACAAGCGCGGUCCUCCCUGCUCCUCUCCCUUUGGCAGCUUCGACCCGGAAGGCCCCCCAGGCAGCCUGCGGCAUGAUCUCCAUCACCGAAUGGCAGAAAAUUGGUGUGGGCACCACCGGCUUCGGAAUCUUCUUCAUCCUCUUUGGAAUACUCCUGUACUUUGAUUCGGUGCUCCUGGCCUUCGGAAACAACAAGAUGUCUGGAGGAAGAAAGCAUAUCCAGCUGGAGAGGGAUGCAAAGGAAUUUGGAAAGGCAAUGGGUGUGGAGGCAGAAGGAACAGCAAGAGAAAAGAGGCACAAGCUCAAAGGGACCAGCUUCUUCCUGGGGGGUGUGGUCAUUGUGCUCCUGCGCUGGCCCCUUCUGGGCAUGUUCCUGGAAACCUAUGGAUUCCUUAGCCUCUUCAAGGGCUUUUUUCCUGUCGUCUUUGGCUUCCUGGGCAAUGCCUCUGACAUCCCCUUCCUGAGUGCGCUGUUCCGGAGGCUUCAAGGCACCAGCUCAAUGGUCUGAACAGCAGAGACGAGCUCCUUGAACUUGGAUCAUUGGUUGAGGGGGCUGGAAAGGAAGUGGGGGCUGCCUCCACCCUGCAGUGACUCAUCUCCCCAUCAUCCCCAGCCCUCUCCAAGUCCAGAAGGAAGAACAGAGUUGAAUGACUGACCUCAGAUUCCAAGUCAACUCAAAAGGCUGUUGACAUGGCUGCGGACAGAGAUCCGGGGCCCCACCGCCAUCAGACUGGGGCUGGUAUUACAUCCUGCCCUGUAUUUAUGGGAGGAGAGCGAAGAUUAAAUCCCCAGGCUGUGAGUGUG